CGUCUAGCCUCUCCGGCGGUGAAUAAAUCACAAUCAUCAUGAUAAUUACUGCAUUAAUGGGAUUUACCGAUACUGUGCGUGCAGAUUGCAAUGCAUUGCAAAAAUUUGGCAGUUCAUCUUUCUUUCUCUUUUUAUUGGGCCCCUCGAUGGGUCACACCAUCAUCGCGUGCUACCAACAUCAAUCAUCUGCCUGCAGAUGACCGACGGUCCACCUCCGUCUCGCUUUAGUGAUUCGCAACGACAACGACGACGACGGCGACCGGAGAUCGCACAUUUCGCACUAACUAGAUGGCGGGAAAACCGCGGGCUGACCAUAUCGGUCCGCGAUCGAUCCAUGCGAGGAUCAGUCAUAUUCGGAUCGUCUUGAGACGUGGAUGCAAGGGUACGUGCGCGCGCGCGUUCGUAAGGCUUUAACCGCGGCCAGUGAAGUACGACGACGUGAAGUAACCGGCGAGUAACGGCAAGUCUGAAACCGCCCAAGAAGAGCAUCCAAGCUGUGCAAACGAAACCGAAGGUCUACCCGGUGCGGGCCUCCAAGGGCGUUGCGUAUCGGUGGUCAAGUGCGCGACCCGAGUGCGUUUGUUUAGAGAAGUCCUUAAAAACGAGAAGAUUGUCGAAGAAGACGGCCUGGUGUGGUCCAAGUGAAUCUAAGCCGACUGAUAGUCACCAACAUCACCAUCAUCAUCGAACCGUCAUCGACCGCUCCUCCAGCAUCACUUUCAUCGUCAUCGAAAAAUGACGAAACCGGUGCGGCUACUGGGGCGGCUGCUGUUGUUGUUAUUGUUCGAGAUGACUCAAGCCCAACGCAAAGCCACUGACAUGGAGUUGGCCGAGUUCGUCAAGUUUCCGAAGAUCUUCGAGUACGCCGAUUACGACGACUGCCGGCGCGAUCACCUGGAUGGGUACGCCUACUGUGUGGUGCACGCGCGGAUCGUACCCGAUGAGUCGUCCGAAUUGUGGCGGAAUAUAAGCGAUUACACCAAAAGCGAGCUGCACUACGAUCACACCUUACUGGAGCGUGGCAUUUGUAUCCAAGACUGCGAAGCAUCGCUACGCCAAUCCGGACAACUCCCGAACGUGGAUGACCUCGUUGGUCUGGACCUGUACGCCAAGCUUGCGAGAGCCUGCAUCAAUACGCGACUGAAGCAGCGCUACAAUCUAGAAGUGGGUAACUUCGUUAAAAUCUACCAUUGCUACACUCCCGAGCAGGAGGAUCGUCCAAUUGAUUUCCCGGAAAGCUUGUUCUACGGCGUUGUGAUCGCGUUAUCAUUCUUCCUCGUUGCAUCCACCAUCUACGAUGCUCGGCAACGGACUCUUCAGGGUUGUCCUGACACCUACUACGAUCGGGACCCCAAGUCCCGAAAGGAACGUCUCCUUGUGUCGUUUUCCUUCCCUCGGAAUUUCUGUCGUCUGAAAAAUCUCGGUUACAGCAAGAUCCGAAUGGACCUCCAGUUCCUGGAAGCGUUCAGGUUUAUUCAAAUGUGUCGGGUUAUAUUUCUCCACGCCACCAUGGCUCAUAACAAAGUUCCACAAGCGAACACCGACUACAUGGAAAAGCUUCAAGAGGACCCAAUGCUCAUAUUCUUCGUGGCAGAGUUCCAAAACUACAUUCAGACAUUCCUCUCAAUAUCGGGAAUGUUGAUGACGAUAAACUUCUUGGAGCAUAUUCGCAAGAAUCCGGACUUCAGCUGUUCCAUCUUUUGGGACAAGCUGAAAAACAGACUGAUUCGUAUCGUGCCGGCGUAUGCGUUCGUGAUCCUAUUGGAGUGUGCGAUUAUUCAUCGCUAUUUGGAUGGACCCAUCGGUCAGCAGUACAUUGGAGAAGCGGAACAGAACUGCCGUCGCUGGUGGUGGACCAACUUGCUGUUCUUCAACAACUACGUUCGAACAGAUCAACCGUGUCUGAUCCAGUCCUGGUACUUGGCCGUUGACAUGCAGCUAUUCAUCUACGGUAUGGUGAUGAUGUUGAUGAUCUGGCGGUGGCCUUGGAUAAGGAAGUACUUCUUCACGGUGGCAUUUGUUUGUGCUGCGCUGAUUCCGACCUUGACCACGUACGCCAAGGACAUUGAACCUGCGAUGACCAACCGGAUGAAGAAUGCCGACCACUAUAACCGCGAGCAUAACUACCAGUACGACAUCUACUUUCCCUUCCAGCAGAACAUUGGAGCUUAUUCGAUGGGGAUGCUAGCCGGGUUCAUCUACCACCGGUAUCGUGACUCUCCGAAGACGGUUUUAAGCUCGAAGUGGUUCAAACUGACGUUCUGGGUUUCGGUUGUGUACUACUUUGCCUGCAUGGUAUCCGUUUACUGGGUGCUUGAGUAUCGCAACAUCAUUGAACCCAUGCUCAAAGCGAUCUACUCGACGCUGUUCAAGCAAUCCUGGGCAGUCAUGUCUACUGUACUGCAGCUGGGUCUUGCUCUGGCGUCCGGAAAGUACAUCUGGAAGAAACUUCUCAGCCAUUCAUUCUUCGGCGUAGCUGGCAAGCUGUGCUUCGGGUUUUAUCUCAUCCACUUCACAACCAUUGAAGUCGUAUACUCAGGCGUCAAGGCACCGGUCUACACCAACGAACGAGCGGUGUCGAAAUGGGCCUCGCAAAUCUUCUGGUGGACGCUUUUCUUCGGAUUCUUCCUUACCCUGUUUGUGGAACUACCGGCCGGUGCAGCUCUGAAAGAACUGCUGGAUAGGCGGAAAGUUAACAACAAGGUGCGAGAUAUUCAGCAGACGCAAGGUCCUGCCGAGCAACGAGUUGAACAAAGUGCUGGUGUUUAGAAACCUGCAGCAGCGUAAGUCGGUGACAACGUGAAUGGAUGCAUUGAACGCUCUGAUGCAUCUUUUGUAAAUAUACUAGUGAAGAUUGUUUUAAUUCAAUUGAAUUUGUGAAAGUGGCGGUCAUAUCACAUCCUGACAGUUCUCUCUGUGUAUGUUCUAGCCUCCGUAACAAUAAAAAGACUCAACAAAAAGCGGAACAAGAUAAACCCGAUAAAUUUGACACCUAUCAAUGAUUUAUGGCGCUACUUAUCAGCAAAUCAAAAAUCAACAAAGAUGAUUGUCCGUUGAUUGACACGGUGGCUAGUUUAUCGCCACAAAAAUCUCCCGCUAAUCAAUCGUCACUUCUGAAUUGAUGCCUGUUCUACCAAAUCAAAACAAAAAAAAAACUCGAAUCUGACACGCUUCUUCUCAGGCAUAAUCAAGACAUCAAAAAAACCGGUUAGCAAUGGUAGGCAGCAGCCCAGCCCCAUAGAAGAGCCACACGACCCAGCUGGUUGAAAUGAAUUCGAAACCAGCGGAUAAAAAAAACGGAAUCAGCAUAGCCCCAGAAGUAGUAGCAAUUAUCAUCUGUGAAGAUUUUACGAGAGCUUUUUAUGACCAAUCGUAAGGUAAUUUACCUUUGUCACAAUGAGUCGUAAAACGGUAAGGGGCGCCUGGGUGGGCCUUUCAGUUUUGGGUUUGUUGGGGCGCAGCUAGUUGAGGUUUUCGGUUGGUUUGAGCUGUAAGAC